CGAAUCGACCUUCAACACUUUGAUGAAAUUCUCGCGGUCGUGUGUGAAACACUCUGCAAAUAACAUGUCAUUUGUCAACUAGAAGAGGUCUUUGCACUCUUCCAAGGACGAGCAAUUGUUUGAAUGUACAAACAAAUAUUAUCGGCGACGUAUGCUAAUUGUUUAUAGUUUACAAACACAGUAAACAGUUGCUUGGUCUGUUGUGAUGGUGAUAAGAUGCUUCGCUAAUUCUUAUCGCAAGAAAGGAGCAUAUGUUCAAUUCGAACAAAUGCAGUUAUUGGAGCCGUAUUUGUUAGUGACUUUGGUGACUAAUUUCCCUUUGCUGGUGUUGGGAAAGUACCGCAGGUGCCACAGAUCAGUAGGAUGGAUACGAUAAAGAGGUUAAAACUGCAGAACCUGAGAGAUGAAAUUGUUCAAGAUCUUGACGUUGACGACAUUGUGGACGGCCUUGUUUCAUCUGGCGUAAUAACUGAAGAGGAACGGGAAAGUAUAUUUUCUGAAAAAACACGAAAAGCCAGAGUACGUCACUUGCUCGAUUUGCUUCCAAGUAAAGGCUCAUGUGCGUUUGAUAAUUUCGUGAGAAAUCUGAAGAAUGAGUACCAGUGGCUUUAUUCAAAGUUAAUAGAGGACACUGAUCCAAGUCAAGAUGAAGAAAAAUUUCUAGAUGCCUUACUGUUAGGUGGAAUACCUCGCACCCCACCACACAACGUAGAAAGACAGGAGACUCUUCUGGAAUUACGUGCGAGUUUAAAGUCUUUAACUCGAGGCAAUUAUAUUGUGUUGCAUGGAAUGACUGGUAGUGGGAAGUCCUGCUUAGCUGCAGCUGCUGUGGAGAAUCUUCCACUGGUUACUAAAUCUUUCAAGAACUGCGUUUUCUGGCUGAGUGUGGGUGAUUCUGGAAGUAAUGUCUUGUCUCAUGUGAAUCACCUUUUGUGUAAGUUGCAAGCUACAGGGAGAGUGUUUCCUGAUGAAUUUCAGAGGCAGGAACUUAUGAAUCUGACUUGGUUCCGAGAAACACUUAAACGAUACUACACAGAUAAAGAUUUAAGAGAAGGUCUUCUUAUAUUGGAUGAUGUUGCCUCAAGUGAUGUCAUUGAUGCAUUUGACAUUGGCUGUAAAAUACUUGUUACAACGAAGGAUCUUGAAGUGAUGAGAAAAGUGCGAGGAAGGAUAAGCAAAACUAUUAAACUGAAUGAUGGUUUCAAAGAAAUAGAGACAUUGUCGUUGUUUGCUAAGUGUAUAAAUCAAACAAUUGAAGAUCUACCCCAUGAGGCAAGACAAAUACAUCGUCUUUGCAAAGGCAUUCCCAUGUUGGUAGCUCUUAUUGGUGCCAAUCUAGAAGAGCACAGUGAAGAUGCGCGUUCUAACAAAGGAAGAUGGAAUAACUUCAUUACAAUGCUUAAAUCAAAACACUACAGCUCCCCUGGACGCAGUACAUUUUACCAAGAUGAACUGUUAAGUGCAGUUGGGAUGUCUGUGGGAAAUCUACCAGAAUAUCAGAAGGAAAGAUUCCAGGAUUUUGCACUAUUUAAAGAAGAUGUGAAUAUCAAACCUGAGGUGCUUCAAGUUCUUUGGUCCCUUAACAAAUAUGAAGUAGAAGAUAUUAUGUCAUAUUUUGUUAAGAAAUCUCUAGCUGUCUCAAAAUGGAAUGAAGAACUCAAUAGUUCUGUGUAUGGAAUUCAUGAUAUUAUCUUGGACUACUUAAAAUUUGGGCUAACAAAGGAAAAGAAAAAGGAACUACAUAGAAAAUUGCUGGAAGCAUACAGUAAAAUCUGUGAUGGUGAUUUUUCAAAAUUACCAAAUGAUAAUUAUAUAUAUACCUACAUUGGUUACCAUAUUGAUGAGGCUGAAAUGUGGGAUUUAUACUCCAACCUUUAUAUCAGUUUACCUUUUGUCCAAGCAAAGUUGAAAGUCACUGGACCAGGUGACCUGCUUCUGGACUACAGAAAAUAUAGGAUUAACAUAGAUAAAGAGCAAGAGGAUUUGAAAGCAGUUGUUGAUGACUUUGAAAGAUUUGUGCACUCCCAUGGUUUGGAUUUGUACAAGUAUCAAGAUCUUGAUGCUGUUCAGUGUGCACUUAAAGAACCUAGACAGAGUUUUGUUUUUAAUGAGGCUUAUAAAAUUGCCAAGGAAUGUAAUACAAGGCUUUACCUUGAACAUAUCCUUAACCAAGAUUUCUCUUCAGACACACAAAGUCUUCCAGUAGAAGGCGAAGCUGUAACUGCCUGUUUUACACAUAGUGAAAAUAAGAUUAUUGUUGGUUGUUAUGAUGGAUCUAUAAAUCUAUUGGCAGUCGACUAUAAACAUAUACUUCACUCAUUUCAAGGCCAUAAGAAGCAGAUAACAUGCCUACAAUGCCACUCAAGUAAUAAAAUAUUCCUGUCAUCUUCAGAAGAUGGUACAGUAAAAUUAUGGAGUUUGGAGGAUAUCAUUGACAAGAAAACAGAGAAACAGAAAUCGGGUGACAGUGGUACUGUCAGAACACCAUCUCCUCGUCUUCGUCAAACUAGUUGGAGUAAUAUGUUUUCUGAAAGUGGGUCGGAUGACAAAAGUAUUUUCACAUUCAGUAAACACAAAGGUGCUGUCUCUUGUGCUUCUUUUGCACACAAAAAGAAUGAAGUGGUGUCAUGUUCUGUUGAUGGAUGUGUGAAGGUGUGGGAUAGUGAAACAGGGGCAGAGAAGUUGCACAUAGAUGUUCCCAAUAAUAGCAAACCUAAUAGCUGCACUUUCUCUAAUGAUGAUACUCUGUUGUAUUUUGGUGGGGAAGAUUCACACCUUUAUGUAUAUAGUGCAGAAUUUGGUACAUUCCUUUCAGGAUUGGGAAAUGAUGGACCAAUAGUGACAAUUUUAGGUAUCCCAGAUUCUGAGUAUGAGGUAAUUGUUGUAACUGAAGAUUCAAUAAUAUGUUGGAGUUGGGAAGGUGUUAACACUACACCUCCUGAAAAUGUCAUAACCAGUGGUGAGAUAACAGCUACAUUGUCACUUGAAGAUUUGGAAAAACAGGUUCUAGGACGCUGUAAAGGCACAACAUUUGUAUGUGCCACAAUAACGGAAGACAGUGAGUUUGUCAUUACUGCAUCUUCAAACCAUAGUGUCUGCAUUUGGGACAUAAAUCCAGAUGCACCAUAUAUUGUAAAAGAAUACCAUGACCAAAGUGGGGAUAUAUACUGCCUGAGCUCUAUCAGUGUAGAUAGCAGUAUACACGGAUUUCUGUCAUGUACCAAUAAAAAUGUCAGACUCUGGAAAUUUGAUCCUUCUGCUUCUGGGAAUAAUGUCACUCUUCUAAGCACAUUCGAUGCAUUAUGGCAAAGUGACGACCUUAAUUUUACACUGCCUUUAUUUGCUGUUGCAGACAACACCAACAAAGUACAGGUUCUUCGAGGCAAAGAAUUGGUUUGUGAGUCAUCAAAGGAAGAGACCCAAAUCACAUGCUGCAAAUUUGUUACAACAAACUGUGUUGUAUAUGGAUGUGCAGAUGGUAUGGUGAAACUUCUUGAAGUAGAACCCAAAAAAGUUUUGCACAUUAUGAAACUUAAUAAACCAGUGGUAUAUUUGGAUGUCUUUAAGUCUGUAAAAGAAAUAACAAUAACCGCAGGUGAUCAGACUGAGCUGAAGAUGUGGCAUUUAUCUGGUGAAGUACUUCCUUGUUAUGGGAUCAAAGAUCUGGUUGUGAAAUGUUUUUUGUUGUCUGAUACAAGAAAAAUGUUAUCAUGCUCUAAGGAUGGAAGUGUAAAGGUUUCAAGAAUUGAUACCGGGGAAUUGGAAGAAGUGAUAGUUGGCCAAAUACGAGAUGCUACAAUCACUGGUGCUGAUUUCUGCCCUCACCAAGAGAUACUGGCUAUGGCUGACAAAAACAAUUGCUUUCAUAUCAUUUGGCUUACUAAUUCUGAAAGGGAACUCUAUUCUGAAACAAAAAGAGUAUCCAGCCCUCCACAUUGCUGUUGUUUCUCACAAUGUGGUCAGUUGAUAGCGCUUGGGCAAGAAAAUGGCAGUAUUUAUAUUUGGAAUGUUACCAAAAAUUCCAUUCACUGUGAACUUAGUCAUCACCGUAGCCGAGUUAAGGAUAUUACAUUUGCACCAGGGGUUCCCGAUGGUGCCCUCCUUGUCAGUGUUGCGGAAACUGUGGCAUGGUGGAGUGCAGCACAGGCACACAAGUGCCGUCCCAACCGAGGUCGUCGCAGGCAGAGCCAACCUCCUUUUAACUUAUCGCUUCUCCCUGUGGAACCAACUCUUGCAGACGUUUGGAUGACCAAAAUUUCUCACACAGGAAAUUGCUAUCUUCUUGGUUGUUUGAAACUUGCAGGUGCUGAUGCUGGACAGAUUGUUUGUUCUCCUGACUUCUCACAAUUUGCUACUGUGGAUUCUGCGGGCUUCAUUUAUUUACUUGGUGUGAUAAACUAGAGGCCAAAAAAUGUGUGUCAUAUAUUUUCCUGUUAGUGAUGUAUUGUUGUGAUGUAAAAUUGUACAGUUCCUUUUUCUUUCCCACUUUUCUGUGCUUUCACAGUGUGAAGAGGAACUCAGGGAAAGUCAUUUCUUUUCUGGUCUCUCGUUUUAGUGUCCAUCUUCCUUUUAAAUUGUAACUCAAUCAUGGGACUGAAUAGUCUGAUUGUGAGAUGAUCCUUUCCUAAUUUGAUGGCGAGAAUAGGCAGUUAAUGUGUCUGUUAGUAAACAAAGAAAAUUUUUAUAAGGUUAUUUUAUAGUGUUAUUUCAUAUUGUAUAUUAUAAUUGUUUAGUAAAUUUUUAUAAGCUUAUUUUAUAGUGUUGUUUCAUGGUAUGUAUUAUAAUUGGGUAAUACAUGUUCGGAUGCUCAGAAUGUGUGUGUGUGACCAGAGUUGAACUCGGUGUUUUAAACAGGCAUCUCAAUGGUGUGAUGAUGUGACAAUAACUCUUUUCUGUCACUAAUUAUGGUGUUCAGUAUUCAGAUGUAGUUUUUCAGUUAAACAUCAAUACCUGUUAUGCAUUUAUGACAUAUGUCAUUAAGAGCUGGGUCUGAGUGCAAUGAUUUGAUUUUGCUAAGGUUCAGUUUUAAGCAUAGGAAGUCGUACUUUUACUACCCUAUUGCCUAUGGGCUGCAUAAGGGAACUGCUGGUGAAAGUGAAGCUGUAAUCCAUAAUUUUGUAAUUCAUUUGGUGCUAUUUCAUUUUUGUAUUAUUAUUAUUAUUAUUAUUAUUACUACUACUACUACUACUGCUAUUAUAUUUUGUCUUCAAAUAAUGGAGUUGUGAAAAAACAGUUACAUGAGUGGAAAACACACACACACACACACACACACACACACACACACACACACACACACACCACCACCACCGCCACCACCACUGUAUUGUAUUUCAUAAUUUAAUUUCAGACUGUGAUAUUGGUUUGCACGUGUUACCCUUUUGAUUUUUUAUAGUUUGGUAUGUGAAUGAAUUGCUUUAGUUUUUAACUAAUGAUUUUCUUGGAGAAUAUUAGUUAAAAGUCAACUGUAUUGCUCAAUCUUUUCACACAGAUUAUAUUUAUGAAUGGUAUGUGACAUUACAAUACUGUGUACAGUAUAAAUCUGAAAAUGGGGAUACUAUCAUGCAUAGAUUAAUUGUACUGAUUUAUGUUUAGGAAGAAAUUACUUUGUUGUGGGAUUUAUGUGUUGUUUGUUUCAAAUUUUUUUAUGUUUUUGAUUUUUCAUUAAAUAUACUUAACAGGAAUGCACAUGUGUACAGCAAGGAACACACAUUUUUGUCUCUAAAAUUGA